GCUCCACCAGUCUCGUUGUUCUGUGAAAAAAUCCCGCGAUCACACCGACGCAAAAUCAAAGUAGCACCUUCAUCGAGCACUGUCUUGUUGCUUGCAACCAACCUAACAAACGAGCAAGAAAGUUUUGUUCACUGAAACAACCCGCUCGAAGCACUCUGCAGUUUCCAAAAUGACGCACUUUUCGAAAGUCGCUUUUUCCUUGUUCCUCUCUUGGAGCUUGACGGGGGAAGCAUUCGUCCCAUCUUCCUGGACACCCUCCCGCAAUCCCGUUCAGAAGGAUGCGGCGUCUCCUUUUGUCACUAUGUCACGGAGUCGCGCAAGCCAAAGUCCCUUUCAUCAGACUUCACGUUUGUUCAUGUCUACCCGCAACUCCACCGAACGCGACUUUUACGCCAUUCUUGGCGUCGGAAGAUUGGCUGACAAGGCCGCCAUUAAAGCAGCCUACCGAAAACUGGCCAAGCAGUAUCAUCCAGACGCUAAUCCCGGAGUGGAUACGACGGAAAAGUUUCAGGAACUCAACCGUGCCUACGAAGUGCUCACGGACCCGGUCUUGAAACAAAAGUACGACCGUUUUGGAGAGCGAGGCCUGGGUACUUCAGCCGCUUCCGACGCGGAAGGAUCGCCCUUUGGCGGCGCAGGAGGAAGGGGACAGGAAGUGGAUCUGGGCGAUAUUUUUGACAGUUUCUUCGGCGGUGGUAGUAGCGGUAUGGGAGGUCGCAACGGACCCCGGAGAUCCGGACCCAUUGUCGGUGACGAUUUGCGUUUUGAUCUACAAGUUGACUUUAAGACCGCGGUCUUUGGUGGCGAAGAAAAGGUUCGGAUCCGGCAUUUGGAAACCUGCGACACCUGCACCGGGAGCGGUGUCAAACCCGGCAGCAAGGUAUCAAUGUGUACCCUUUGUAACGGCAGCGGAGUUACGGUCCAGGUCACGCGGACGCCCCUCGGGAAUUUUCAAACGCAGCAAACCUGUGCGACGUGCCGUGGUACCGGAGAACGCGUCGACGAAUACUGCGGUACCUGCGGAGGACAAGGUGUCAACCAAAAGACUAAGCAAAUCAAGGUGACCGUGCCUGCCGGCGUCGAGGACGGCAACAAGCUCCGCGUGCGAGGGGAAGGAGACUCGGGUCCCAAAGGUGGUCCCGCGGGUGACUUGUACAUUUUCCUCAAGGUCAAGGAAGACCCCACAUUCCGUCGGGAAGGUUCCGAAAUAUAUUCGGAUACCACCGUUAGUUAUUUGGACGCUAUUCUGGGAGCAUCCAUCAAAACGCCCGUCGUCGAUGGCGAAGUUACCAUCAAGAUCCCGGCUGGAACACAACCAGGUCAAGUCAUGCGUCUGAAAGGCAACGGUGCGCCGCGAUUGGGCAAUGCCGAUUCACGAGGAGAUCACUAUCUGACCAUUAAUAUAGAUAUCCCGAAAGACCUAUCCAAAGAAGAGGAGAACCUCUUCAAGCAACUCAAGGAUUUGCGAGAUCAGAAAGGAAAGAGAAUGGGCAGUGGCAUCUUUGGACGCUAG